CUGAUGCUGGUUUAUGUUGACAGCAUUGAUGUUACAAGGUUAUGGUAUAUGAAAGUUAUAACCUACAAAUGUGGAACUGUAACUACUGCAAGGUAUCAAAAUGGUCGAUGAAUCUACAAAGAAAACCUUAAGUAACAUUCCGUUAUUACAAACGAAAGCCGGACCCAGAGAUAAGGAUUUAUGGGUGCAGAGGCUGAAAGAAGAAUAUCAAGCUCUUAUUAAGUAUGUCAAAAAUAAUAAAGAAGCAGACAAUGAUUGGUUUCGACUCGAAUCAAAUAAGGAAGGUACUCGAUGGUUUGGGAAGUGCUGGUACAUUCACAAUUUUCUAAAGUAUGAAUUUGGAAUAGAAUUUGAUAUUCCUGUUACGUAUCCUACAACAGCACCUGAAAUUGCUUUACCAGAAUUAGAUGGCAAAACAGCAAAGAUGUACAGGGGUGGUAAGAUCUGCCUGACUGAUCAUUUCAAACCAUUGUGGGCUCGCAAUGUUCCUAAGUUUGGCAUCGCUCAUGCAAUGGCUCUUGGUUUGGGGCCAUGGUUGGCAGUUGAGAUUCCAGAGCUUAUAGAAAAAGGCAUUGUAGUUCACAAGGAUGAGGAAAAAAAGUCAUGAAUAUUUUGUGAAAGCAGUGUACAGAAUAACAAAAACAAAAUGCGAUUGUUGAUAAAUGAUAAGUUAUUUUGUAUAUCUAUUAUUUGAAAGAGAAUUUAUACAAUAUAUUAAGUUUUACACAUGAUAGAAAGUAUUUACACACAUUCAACGCGAUCAAUAAAUACUAUAAAUUUA